AUGGGAAGGUCAGGGGGAUUGGGAUUUUGGUGGAGAGAUUUGAAUGUUAGGGUUGUGGGUUACUCGAUUCAUCAUGUGUAUGGUGAGGUGCUCGAUAGUGGAAAUAUAGCAAAGUGGAGGUUUACUAGGGUGUAUGGGUGGCCGGAGGCGGAAAACAAACAUUUAACAUGGGAUCUCAUGAGGUCGAUUUUUGCUUUGUCUCCUCUUCCGUUAUUGAUGUUCGGGGAUUUUAAUGAGAUUCUUGGUAUGCAUGAGAAAGAAGGAGGGGCUGUGAGAGGUGAAAGACAAAUUGAUGCUUUUAGAGAAGCAAUCGAUGAUUGUGAGUGUCGUAAUCUUGGGUAUAAGGGGAGUGUGUAUACAUGGCAACGAGGCAUUUCUAUGGAGACAGUAGUUUGUGAAAGGCUUGACCGAUACUUAGCUACUUGUGAGUGGUACUCUCUUUUUCCAUACUCGGAAGUUAUACAUCUUCCAUUAUGUCAUUCUGACUACGCUCCAAUAUUACUGAAGUUCGGGGACAAAGCAGAUGAGAAAAAAGAUGGCAAGAUGUUCAGGUUUGAGGCCUCUAUGGUUAUCAAAGGAAGAAUGCAAGCAGGGAUAUCAAAAAAAAAUAUUGCUAAGCCAGAGACUCGUUUAAAGGAAGUUGAAGGGAAGAGACUUGAUGGGCGUCGACUCCAAAUGUGUAAUGAGAUCUCAAAUGAAUUGAAUGAGCUUCGUAGACUUGAGGAAUCUUAUUGGUAUGCUCAAUCCAGAGCAAAUGAGCUUCGUGAUGGGGAUAAAAAUACCAAAUAUUUUCAUCACAAAGCAAGUCAAAGGAGAGGUCAAAAUAGAAUUUGUGGUCUUUAUGAUGAUCAAGGUAUGUGGCAGACUUCGAAGGAGGGGACCAACAAGGUGAUUGCAGACUAUUUUAGUGGCCUUUUCGCUUCAACUAUGUCGAAUAAUUUUGAUGAGGCCCUCAUGGGUGUUAAGCCGAAGGUAACAGAUGACAUGAAUGACAUUCUUGACAUGGAGCCAAAGGCAGAUGAGAUUAAAGACGCACUAUUUCAAAUGCAUCCGAACAAAGCUACGGGUCCGGAUGGGAUGCACGCAUUAUUCUUCCAAAAAUUUUGGGGGACUCUCGGUCAUGAUAUGGUUAACUUUGUGCAGUCUUGGUGGCGAGGUGAAAUUGAUUUGUCAAAGAGAGGUGGGGAGGGUAAUGAUGGAACUGUGACCCUUAAAUUGGAUAUGAGUAAAGCAUACGAUAGAGUGGAAUGGGUUUUUAUUGAAAAAAUUAUGACGUAUAUGGGUUUUCGAAUAGCAUGGAUUGAUCGGAUUAUGAGUACUUAUGAGAGAGCUUCCGGUCAGAAAGUCAAUCUAAGCAAAACCGAAGUGGCUUUUAGCAAGAAUGUUAAUUCGGAAAGAAAACAUAAGAUUGUUGAGACUCUUGGUGUCCGUGAAGUUGAUAGACAUGAAAAGGGUUUUGAUCCAAGUUAUUCUUGGCGUAGCAUUUGGGGUGCAAAAUCGUUGCUGCUUGAGGGAUUGAAGUGGAGAGUGGGUAAUGGCUCUUUGAUUAAGUUGUGGGAUGACGCUUGGACCUUGGGUGAUGGAGCUCAUUUAGUGUUAUCUCCGCAGUCUAAUAGUGACUUGAAUAUGCGCGUGUGA